AGUGAUAGCAACUGUGAAAGAGCCUGUAUCUGGUUGGAUAGACAACGUAUACGGCGCGACUGGAGUACUGUUGGGAGUUGCAAUGGGACUGCUCAGGGUACUGCGAUGUGGCAAAGACAACAAGGCGGACAUGGUACCCGCUGACUAUGUAGUGAACAGUUGCUUGGCGGUUGCGUGGGACGUGGCGUCUAUGAAAACAUUAAAUAACAACAAGGAGACACAAGACCAAGAAAGUAGGGAGGAGAAAUUUGACAAGGAGAUACCUGUAUAUAAUUUUGUAUGCACCCCAGAGCAACCCAUCACGUGGGAUGAAUUCCAGCAUUUGAGUACCAAACAUGCCCCGCAGAUACCGACAGACAAAAUCGUGUGGCGUCACAUGCUUUUCAUGGUUAAGAACAAAUAUCUGUACAAUGUGUUAGUGUUCCUGUUGCAUACCAUACCUGCAUACUUAAUCGAUUUCAUCAUUAUUUGUUUGGGAAAGAAACCACUGCUGGUGAAGGGGUACCAGAAAAUCAACAAAUUCUCCGACGUCAUCGCGUAUUUCUCAUCGAACGAAUGGGAGUUUAAAAACGCCAACACUCAAGCGCUGUGGAACCGCAUGAAGAAAACCGAUCGUCAGUUGUUCGAGUUCAGCAUGAAACUGGUCAACUGGGACAUGUACUUUUACACGUACACCAGGGGAGCAAGAACCUACUUGGUCAAAGAUAAACUCGACGAGGACAGUUUGAGACGCGGCAAAGCGAAGUACUACAAAUUAUUUGUCGCUCAUUACGCUUUGUGCGGUUUGCUCCUGUUUUUAGUCUUCAAGUUUUUCAUGCUUAUUUUCGGGCUUUUAUUGUGAGUCACUUGUCAGAUACGGUGUGUACAUAGUUACUAUUUAAGGAAGGCAGUCCGACGAUCGGAUUUAUUAUGAUUCAUUGUUUUAUUUUUUGUGAGUAUAGUCUGCGAAGGGUUCGGAAAUACGGAAAUAUCGAAACUGGAGAUACUACAGACUAAAAUAUGUAAAUUGACCCAAAAGUUGAUAGUUUGCGAGAGAUCAAAGUUACAAUUUUAUUUUCUAUUUUUUCGUAUUGCUUGAGAAGUAUUUCGGAUUUUGGCAUAAAACUGGGCAUAGGGUGGUUUUACUUAUCAUAACUUUUUUGUGCUACCCUGUAUACAACAACUGAUCAAAACAUCUUAUUUGCGCAUAUUUACACAACAAAAAAGUUUACUUGUUAGAAGUGUCAUAAUGUUGCUUUAAACUUCAUGAAUAAUUUUAAGUUGACAAUCAGUUGUUAAACAUCAUGGAGUAUACGUUUGAUGAAUCUUCUGAUUUAAUGUACGGAUUGGCUUUAGAAGCAAACAUCUCGAAAACUAUUAGCUUUAGACAUUUCUAACAAGUAAACCUUUUUUGUUGUGGAAAUACAAGAAAAUAAGAUUCUUUGGUCAGUUUUUGUAUACAGGGUAGCACAAAAAAGUUAUGAUGAGUUAUCCAUCGAAAUAGUGUUGUAAGUGGCGCCAUCUAGAAGUUUGGCCAUGAAAAAGAACAGAUUCUUAAUUCUCAUGCUAGAAAAGCUACCUAUACCGAGUGUUAAGCCAAAAUCUGAAAUAUUUCUCAAGCAAUAAGGAAAAAUAGAAAAUAAAAUUGUAACUCUGACACCCUGUAUCUCACAAACUAUCAACUUUUGGACUGAGGUAUGUUUAGGUUAAUUUAUAUAUUUUGGUCUGUAGUAUCUCCAGUUUCGAGACUUCCCAACCUUUCGCAGACACCGCGUAUAUCUUAGCUGCAACUUUUUUUAACCUAGAUAUCUCUAGUACAAUUUCAAACAAUGCUUUUCAAAAAGUUACUUAUUCUUUGAUAGAAUCAAGUUAGCGUGUUGAAUACUACACUACUCAAAAAAAAAAUUAACUAAACAAGAAAAGAUUUGACAUUUUUCGGUGAUUUUAGUAUUUCCGCGAAAAAUGGCAUUUUAAAGCUUUAAGAUUCCUAUUUUCAGGUUUUCAUGCAAUUUUUACAGAAUUUUUUGGUUUGAAAUUUUUUUGCUGUUUGGCGCGGAGAUAUCUGACUUGAUACUGAAACAGGAAUAUAUUGUAAAAUGUUUCCAAUUCUUUUUUGUUUAAAUUGAACAUGUUACAGAUAUCCAAUAUUAACAACAAAAGAAGAAAAAUGAUUUUUACAUUUCCAGGUGUUUUACUACAAAAAUUUUGCUCCUUUGACUUCUUAUUCUUAUUAGGGGUAAGUUAUGAAAACCUGAAAACGUUAACCUUCUAAUUAGCAGUUCCAAAAAUGCUGCAGAUUUUCCAAAAUUAACUUUUUUGACCUUUUCAAGAUCAAUACUGAGUAAAAAAAAAAUCUCCAAAGAUUGCAAUCAAAUUUUAUUGGAGAUUUAUUCGAAUUUUCGGAAAUACCCUGCCAUUCUCUGCGCGAUGACAGGUUACCGAGAUAUCAUUGGUGGAUGACAAAACAAACCUUUUUAAUUAAAAAUCGGAUAUCUCGGCGACAAAUGAUCGCAUCGAUAUUUUAAAAACAUAAUAUUAAAGCUGAAUAAACGGACUCUCCGAUCAAGGUCAUCACAGCCUAACAGAAGACAUUUUUUUAAAGCCCGUGGACCAAGAAGAAGUCAAGAAUCUCUCAAAAAAAUUUCUUGUGCCAACCUGAAAACUAGAAUAUUACAGCUUAAAAAAAGUUUUUCUAAAGUUUCGAUACGACCAUUUUUCACGGAAAUACAGCCUGCCAAACAUCAUCGAUUUUUUUUCUUGCUUCCUUAAAUUUUUAUGACUAGUGUAUAUUUUGUUCCUGGACAUUUUUUGAGUUAAUAUACUUUGUACUGAAUAUUUCCAUUUAAAGAAGUUGUGGUAUAUGUUGCAGCUAAGGUUGCACGCCAUAUUAGCCCCGUAUUUUGUUCUGCAACAUGUUGCGUAUUGUCUCCAUAUCAACAAACUGGCACAUUACAUGCAAUAUGUUGCGGCUUAAAUUUGUUGCAAUGGAAACAUGCCUUUAAGCGUUCAUUGUUAUUUAUUAGCAGACAGUGUCUGAUAUAAAGUGCUUUUCAAACUGUGACAAGUAGUCUAUUAUAGGCGGAUGAUCAUCUUAAAAGAAACACUUUUUUAAUGAAAAAAAGAAAACAGCAGAAAUAACAUAUUAAAAGUUUAAAAUGUGUUUGUUUAACAUGUAUUAUAUAAAUAAAGAUACAUCAAAAAAGUUAUACGUAAUUUUGGAAUUUGCAUUUUUUCAGAAUCUGAUACACAUAUUACAAGCAUACGAACUGUGUAAAAACCGUGAAUUAUUUGGUAAAAAAGCAAGUAAUUUUCAUUUGAACAGAUUGUUUUUUGUAUAAUUAUUUAGAACAGCAAGUUGAAUUUUAUUUAAUUUGGUAAGUGUGGCUGUACUGUCUUUUUCUUGCUGACUUGCAACUUUUUUACUCAGUCUAAUGCCUCCGUAGUUAUCACUGGAAGCUCUUUUUCAUCGCUGUUUUCAAGUUCGUCUUUCUGUUCGUUAUCGACGGAUCCUUUAUUAAUCAAAUUGGAGUCUGACAAUUCCUG